AUGCUGCAACAGAUCUUGCGAGAAAUGUGGGUCGACCCCGAAAUACUUGCUGAGCUCGACGAGACGCAGAAACAGACGCUCUUCUGUAAAAUGAGAGAGGAACAGGUGCGUCGAUGGCAGGAGUGGGAUAAAAAGGUCGGAAAACAUGAGAAUGAAAGACGAAACCAACAGAAUGGGAAGAAACAGGUGCAGUUCCUUAAGGGAGAGGACGGGGAGCCCUGGGUGUGGGUGAUGGGUGAGCAUCCGGAUGAUAAAUCUAUCGAGACCAUUCUUUGUGAGGAGACACGCGCUCGGGCUGUCGCUCAAGCGAGGGUCGAAGCUCAUCAACUGAGGAAAUCUGUUGAAAAGGAACUAACACAUCUCAUAGAUUACAAGCCUCUUGAUAGCUUGGAGCAGAAAUUUGACAUAUCUCCAAAGAACGUGGAUUCGUUGGAAGAUACUCUGGAUCUAUAUUGUUCAGUGGACGAGCUGAGGCAGAGGAUCGAGGAGUUGGAGCCGGAGGUGAAGAAGAGUGGCGAGGCUGACAAGGAUUACUGCGAGGAACAUACGAAAAUGAACCUUAAGAACAACACGCUACAGUUCAAUUUCAUUGAAGGGAAGAAAGAUGUUAUACAAGACUCCGGUCGUGUCGGUGACGGCGUGUCGCUCCGCGUGGCGGCCUGGGAGAGGCGGGUGGCGGCGGCGCGGGCCGGGGACAUCCUGCGGGGGCUUCGGGCCCGGCGAGCCCGCACGCUCCGGGACGCGAGGGAGCAGGCGCAGGGCGGGGACGCGCUGUGGAGGGAACAGGAGCGUAAAGCUAAAGAGGCGGAGGCUGCUAUGCGGGAGAUUGCUCGAGCGGCGCGGGAGGCACACCGGAUGACGUCUCACCUCGCGCCCGCGUGCGCUUUGCCUGCGAGCAAACCACCCAAUAGAGAAGCUGUUCUAGACUGGUUCAAGACUAAAGAAUUGCCGCGAGGUGUCGGCCUGGACGAGAACCAGAAACCUGUCGACUGGUUCCAUGGCCUGAUCAGCCGUUGCCAGGCGGAGGAUCUCCUGGUUCGUUCGUCGUCUGGCAGUUUCUUAGUGCGCGUGUCGGAGCGCGUGUGGGGCUACGCGAUCUCGUACCGCGGAGAGCGGACCAAACACUACCUCGUGGACGCUACACACGGGUACAGCCUGCUGGGGGCCGGGCAGCGGAGACAUGACACGCUUGCCGAUCUUAUAAAUUACCACAAGAAAGUUCCCAUCACGGAAAGCGGCGGCGAAUUGCUCACGACGCCGUGCGCGCCAUCUAGCGACAGAGACGCGCACUUAAUAUAA